GCCGCCUGCCGGGCCUCCCCUCGCCGCGGCCGGCCGCCGCGCUCCCGCCCGGGCGCCCAGCUAUGUACUCCCCGUACUGCCUCACCCAGGAUGAGUUCCACCCGUUCAUCGAGGCGCUGCUGCCUCACGUACGCGCCUUCUCCUACACCUGGUUCAACCUGCAGGCGCGGAAGCGCAAGUACUUCAAGAAGCACGAGAAACGGAUGUCGAAGGACGAGGAGCGGGCGGUGAAGGACGAGCUGCUGGGCGAGAAGCCCGAGAUCAAGCAGAAGUGGGCAUCCCGGCUGCUGGCCAAGCUGCGCAAAGACAUCCGGCCCGAGUUCCGCGAGGACUUUGUGCUGACCAUCACGGGCAAGAAGCCCCCCUGCUGCGUGCUCUCGAACCCCGACCAGAAGGGCAAGAUCCGGCGGAUUGACUGCCUGCGCCAGGCUGACAAGGUGUGGCGGCUGGACCUGGUCAUGGUGAUUUUGUUUAAGGGGAUCCCCCUGGAAAGUACUGAUGGGGAGCGGCUCUACAAGUCGCCUCAGUGCUCGAACCCCGGCCUGUGCGUCCAGCCACAUCACAUUGGAGUCACAAUCAAAGAACUGGAUCUUUAUCUGGCUUACUUUGUCCACACUCCGGAAUCCGGACAAUCAGAUAGUUCAAACCAGCAAGGAGAUGCGGACAUCAAACCACUGCCCAACGGGCACUUAAGUUUCCAAGACUGUUUUGUGACUUCCGGGGUCUGGAAUGUGACAGAGCUGGUGAGAGUAUCACAGACUCCUGUGGCAACAGCAUCAGGGCCCAACUUCUCGCUGGCCGACCUGGAGAGUCCCAGCUACUACAACAUAAACCAGGUGACCCUGGGGCGGCGGUCCAUCACCUCCCCUCCUUCCACCAGCACCACCAAGCGCCCCAAAUCCAUCGAUGACAGUGAGAUGGAGAGCCCCGUCGACGACGUGUUCUACCCUGGGACAGGCCGUUCCCCAGCAGCUGGCAGCAGCCAGUCCAGUGGAUGGCCCAACGAUGUGGAUGCAGGCCCGGCUUCUCUAAAGAAGUCAGGAAAGCUGGACUUCUGCAGUGCCCUCUCCUCUCAGGGCAGCUCCCCGCGCAUGGCUUUCACCCACCACCCGCUGCCUGUGCUUGCUGGAGUCAGACCAGGGAGCCCCCGGGCCACAGCGUCAGCCCUGCACUUCCCCUCCACGUCCAUCAUCCAGCAGUCGAGCCCGUACUUCACGCACCCGACCAUCCGCUACCACCACCACCACGGGCAGGACUCGCUGAAGGAGUUUGUGCAGUUUGUGUGCUCAGAUGGCUCGGGCCAGGCCACCGGACAGCAUUCGCAACGACAGGCACCGCCUCUGCCAACCGGUUUGUCAGCAUCGGACCCCGGGACGGCAACUUUCUGAACAUCCCACAGCAGUCUCAGUCCUGGUUCCUCUGAUAAGAUCGACUAAAGAACAAAAUGAAAAGAGGUUCCUCGAAAGGGGGGAGAAGAAAUUUUGAGACAUGGAAAAAUCCCCCAGCCCAGCCCAGCCCCACCGAAAAGCAAAAAUUAGACGUCGUCAGCCACUCAGCCCUUCUCUCCUCCAGCCCGGGCACCCCCGCGGGCCCCAGAAGCAGCCCAGUUCUUGGAGAGCCCUCGGAACGGGUCUCGGUGGAGCUGUGCACCAGCAGCCAAGCAGAAAGAAACAUGCGACACGGACUCUAUCAAGUAGAGGACAGAAAGAAAGAAAGGAUGCAGCAGAACUGUCUUCCUCCCCUGCCCACCCGGUCCUAGCCUUCUGGGGAAGGAACAAAGUCCCCAAACAAAGCAACCAGCACAGUUCUGAAGGGACCUGGCCCCCACCCUCACCCUUCCUAGGGGAAUCCCACCCUCCCCUCGGGCCGGAGCUGCCCUAGGGAGCUCGGAGGACCAGCUUGUAAAGAUGUUGGGGUGCAGGUCCCGCGGGUUCUUCCCCCCAGACUCCGCCCCUCCCUCCCUCACUACCGCUGCUCGGGUUUCUUCCCCCAGCUGCGCCGGACCAGGCCAGGGAGGGGCGGCCUCCACUUUCCCUGCCCCACCCUCCAGCUAAAAGCCCCCAGGCGGGCAGGGGGCGACCUCCGGAGCUAGUUGCGGGAGCCUGGAAUGGGGGGGUGUUCUGCCACCCACCCUGAGCCGCAGCAGCAGUUCCCCGGCCCCGACGGACCCCUCUGUAUAGUCCACAGAAACGGUCGGAAUGCUCUCGACGGCCUUGUCCCAGCCUGAGACAGGCCCCCUCUUCCCUCUCUCUGCAGGCCGGAAGGGCUGCCCUCCUGCCACGCCACAGGGGAGGGGAGUUGGGCCCCAGGUCGCCCCUGCCCCCAGCCCUGCAUGCAGGUGUCCUCGCUCCGCCCCAUCGGCCCCUGCCCUGCCCCUCACGCAGACAGCCCUGCUGGGGCCGGGCCGGAGAGUGGAGCAGAAAGGGGACCCCGGAGCCGAGCGAGGAGGACCAGGCAGCCGCCACUGCCGUCGCUAAGCCACCACCUGCGCCUAGGUAGGCGUCCUGCUUGCCGACUUUCAGUUCCUUUGGAGGGUGUUGGGUGUCGUCCUUUUCAAAAGUGUUUUGGAGCUUUCUGUCCCCCCCCACCUUCUCCCUACCCUCACGGCCACUUCUCUCUGGGUUUUAGCUGUAAUGUCUUUACUCUUUAUUUAGGGGUGGGGCAUUCAUUGUUUGGGUCUUUUGCUGUUGGAAUUGGGAACUCCUCCUCCAUUUGAGCAACUUGGGAACAAUUUGGUAACACACCACAGGAAGUAGCUCUCCCCCCCAACCCCCUCCUCCCCAAAGGGAUGGUUGGGGGGCCUGUCCAGAGGGUCUUCAGAAGCCCCCCUGGGAGGGAGGGGAGCAUGAGCACGCCCAGCCCCCUCCAGGGUGUGACUUGGCCCCUCUGGCUUGUCUUUCUGUGCCUUACUCCCUCCCCCCUGCGUCUCCCCCAGCCCCCUUCUCGAGUCCUUGUGCCUCUCUCUUUCUCUCUCUUUCUUAACUGUAUGAAAACACAAAGCACAGGUCAGGAUCCUCAGAAAGUCAAUCAAUCCGACAUUGCACCACGUAGGGGUGGGUUAUGGGCUUUAUUUAUUGUGAAUCUAGUUUGUGAGGCUGUGGCCCUGAGCAAGCGGAGGGAGGCGAGGAGGGGAGGGGGCCCGUCCGGGGAGGGGAGAGGGGCCACGACCUGGUGUAGCAGGGGCUGGCGGGUGGUGCCUCCUGCACGGCUGGAAGCCAUGAGGUGGCUUGUCCCAGGGGCGGCGACUUUUGUUGGAAGUGGAGCGAAGCCCUCCCCCCUCCUCAGCUGCAGCCGUGGGAGGAUCCUAGGGCUGAGGGGCAGGGGAUCCCGCGGGGGCCUCCCGGGGCGUGGGGGGCAAGGUCCCGGGGGUUGGGGGGCCGGGUGGGCCGGGCGUGACGCGCGGUCAAAGUGCAAUGAUUUUUCAGUUCGGUUGGCUAAACAGGGUCAGAGCUGAGAGCGAAGCGGAAAGGGCUCCCUGCCCGGCCGCACGCGCCCCUUCCCUCGAAGACAGUCAGGGCCUCGGGCGCUGUGGGCCUGCGGGAGCGGAGUCUGCGGGCCGCCCGCCCGGGCGAAGUCGGAAGCUGCAGGCCAGCUGGGCCCGGGCCGGAGCGCGCCCGGCGGGGUUGCCCGGGCGGGCAGGGGGGGUGGGGCUGCUCCUUUCCCAAGUGGUGUUGUGAGGGGCAAUGAGGGCGACAGGAGAUGUGGGGACGUGUUAGGAGAGAAAAAAAAACCCACAAAAAUAUAUAUGGGGGAAAUGAACUUUUUUUUUUCAUUGAACCAAGUGCAAUGCAUCAGAGAGUUUUCCUAUCUUUGUAUGUUAAGAGAUUGUUAAGAAAAAAAAUUCUAUUUUUGUUGUAAUGUCCUCGCGGCUCUGGGGACGCUAAAAGAACCGGGCCUGCCCCGCCCUGCGCGGGGAUAACGAAAGCUGAGUGUUUUUUCCUUUUUUUUUUUUUGUUCGUUUUCAGUUUUUUUUUUAAGUCGUUUUCCUGCGUUGACGAGGAUGAUCUGGGGUUUUUAUUUGUUUCGUCGUUCGUUCUCGGUUUCGGUGGGAGGGCUGAAGGAAACGUUCACAUUUUAGAGUUUAAAAAAAAACACCUCGACAUUUAAAAAUUCAACCAACACAAGAUCAAAAAGGAAAAGGACGAGAGAAAAUUAUUUUUAAGAUAAUUAAACAUAAAAACCCUGGUGCUUCUUACAUUAUAAAGUACGUUUUAAAGAACCCACAAACUAUUAUACAUAAGUUUAUGAAUCAAUUAAAUAUCCUGCACUUGUUAGGAACACGCAUAUCCCUUUGUUGAGUUUAACGGAACGGGACAGCGGCGUGCGCCCGGCGGCUGGGCUGCUCCGGCCGCGGGUCUCCCCGGGCGCCCCCUCCCUGGGGCCCAGCGCCCCCUCCUCGCCCCAUCCCCGUCCGGGCACGGGGGCGCGGCGGGGGUCCCUGGCCCUUCCCCCGCAGAGGUCAAUGCCAACGAACAAACGUCCCCUCCCUCCCUCCCUCUCCGCCCCGAGCGCCCUUCUUUGAGCCAGACACCAACUUGACCCUCACCAGCAUUAUCAGGAGCGCGCUCAGCAAGUUGGUAGUUUCCUCUCCCACCCCCUUUCCCGGCGCCCCCCCCAGUCAACAUCUCUCCUCCCAUCCCCGGCCCCCUCCGGGGAACACCGGGAAGGCUUGACGCUCCAGGACUGGACCAGCCACGCUGACAGGUCGAUUUGCCCAGGCCCGCGCCCGCACGCACGCACUCACACGGCCCCGCACACAGCCCCGCCCCUCCCCGCAACCAGCCCUGUCGACUGCCUUACACACCCGCCCCCGCGCUGGCCGGCCGACCUAGUGCCUUGUUCUCACCCCCGUGCUGGCGGAGCGGACGCCGCGCUCUGGGUCCCAGAGGGGCCGGGUGGCUCAGACGACCCACCACUUCCCCAACCCGACCGUGCUGAACAGACCCCCCCCACACACGAGAGAAAAUAAAGGAGCAAUAAAGUCACGAGAACUUUCGUCCCCCAAUCGAGAGCCCAAGGGGCACCCCAGCCCCACCUCUGCUCCCCCACCCCACCCACCCUCGGGGCGCCCCCCUCCCCCCGCAAGCCAGCCUGGGCCAGCCCCGCUUCGGCCCCUCCCGGGAGAUCCGUGCGCCCGACCAGCACCAGCAUCGCGGACCGCAAAGGCCGCCCGUCCCGUCAAACAAGUUUCUUCUUAGGCUAAGAAACGCAGUAUAUACGAGUAUCUCUAUAUAUAGUACUAAUGGAUUUGGUGUGCUUCCCCCUUAGCGUCCCCCUCCCUCUGCUCCUCCUCCUUCAGCCUGGUCUCCCCUCUCUGCCCUCCACCCCCGUCUCUGCACUGAGAUACAUAAGAAACAAGGGUAGUUUACUGUCUGUUUUGUUUUCUGGGUUUUCAGUGUCCUAGCGGAAUGCAAGUAGGCAGCCAGCCCGUCUGUUCCCUCUCCGCCCCGCCCCUCCCCGCCCCGCCCCCGUCACUGCGCUUCUGUUAUACCAUCUUUGCCUGACUCUCUCCGGCUUCUCCAUUGAAUGGCUAAUGUGUAUGUGAAAUAAAGAAAUAAAGAAAAACAAAAGC